AUGUGUCAGAUUGGCCAUCUGACAUGGAGGGAGAUGGUGCAUUCUCAUUCCUCGUGGUGCUGCAGCGGCCAAAGUCCACCGGCAGCGUGCGGCUCAUCGGACGAUCCGCGAGCAUGCCCGGCAUGCGACCUCGGAACUCUGCAGGCCCCAGAAGACCUGCCCGUGAUUUCUGCCCGUGAUGCGCAAGGGUUCAAGUUUGCGCUGUGGCUCGAGGAAGAGAUGCGCAAGCUGGUAUACCUCUGCGCGACUGCACGUCCCAAAGAUCAGAGCGACGAGGACCUCGGCGCGUUUAUCGUGCACGGAGCACGGACGACAUACCAGUUCUCGUCAACGUGUCGCAUGGCGCCGCUCUUUUGA